AUGAGUGAGCAGCGACCCAUGCCCAUGAUGUACCGCCAUCUGUUUCCUUAUUCAGUGAUGCUGCUGCUGUUUGUGCUGAUGUGCUUUGCCAGUACGGCUGCCCACGCUGAGGAAAGUAAACCAAAUGAAAUGCAAACACCAGAGCCUGUCUCUCUUUUGGUGCCGCGUCAAACGAUUGUGGAAACACAAGGUCAAAGUCAAACGAGGAAAUCUUUUGCCUACCCUUCCCUCACCAGUGCUGGUGGAGUGUUGGUUGUGCUUGCCGGUAGUGAGGUCGUCUGUGAUUUUUGCGAUGAAGAUCCUUCGAUCAUUUGCGCCGAUAUUGUGGGUGGGUACAUUGACCCUGCGGAGAACUGGUCCUCUUUUGUCGAUGAGGUCCGACUACACAAAUGGAAGGCGCACAGCAUCAUUAACACGGCCACGGAACAUAAAAAUAUGUCCUACAUGAUACGCACGUCAAAACCCACAACAAUUGCAAAGGGCAACAAUGUCUUUCUACUUGUGGGGGACUAUCAUCAGAAGUAUGAUCCUUCCUGCGAGGAGCCGUUUAAAAUAUCAAAGGAUCUUGUUUUGCUCGUGGGUGAGUCCACGCAAGAUAAAGUCAUCCAAUGGGGCAAACCCACCUCGCUUUUGCCACAGAUCGAACAAUCUGCUAAACAACGUGGCCUAAAGGAAUUUAUUGGUGGCGGCGGCUCAGGCGUUGUGAUGGAGGAUGGCACGUUCGUGUUUCCUGUGACGGCGAUGAGGACAGAAGAAAACGAAACUGUCUCCACGAUCAUUUAUUCGAAGGACGACGGCAAAAAUUGGGUGCUUUCACAGGGGAUGCUCCCCGCGGGGUGCACUGACCCCCUCAUCAUCGAGUGGGAGCAGGGGCAGCUUCUCAUGGCUGCCAAAUACAAUUCUCUCUCCAAGGUGUUCGAGUCGAGGGACAUGGGGGCAACGUGGACGGAGGCUGUCAGGACACUCACACGCGUGCAUCCCAGGUUUUUACCAAAGACGUUGCAAAUGACUUUGAGUGUAGCAUCCCUCACCACUGCGACCAUUGCUGGAAAGAAGGUUAUGCUGUACACUCAGAAAGGGAUUCCCCCUGGAGACACGGUGCAAGCCACCGCGCUCUACCUUUGGGUUGCUGACAACAACCGCACGUUUCACGUCGGGCCCAUUUCCGUGGACAUUGCAGGGACGUGGACGUCUGGCAACACCCUGCUGCACUCUAACAAUGCGUUGCACUUUUUAGAAGAGAGGAGCGAUUUCAUGGAAACCCGAUUCUUUCUUUCCCCCCUAACGGAUGCGCUGAAGACGACCACGUCCAUCUUGGAGAAUUGGGCAGAACUGGACUCCUUCCUCUCCAACUCGUCGGUGCCCACAGCCGGUCUGGUUGGGUUCUUGUCGGAUGCAUCGGGUGAUGGAACCUGGAACGACGCGUACCGCUGCGUGAAUUCAAUUGUGACGGAUGCAGAGAAGGUCGAAAAUGGCUUUAAGUUCACGGGGUCCGAAUCAUACGCCAUGUGGCCUGUGAACAUGUGGACGCAUCACAAUGUGCACGGCUUUGUGGAUUACGCGUUCACGCUUGUGGCGACGGUGACGAUCGAUGAGGUUCCGAACGAGAGCGUUCCUCUGCUGGGCGCGGGUCUGAAUGACAAGGAAAACACGACGUUUGUGGGGCUGUCGUACACGACGGAGAAACGGUGGGGUACAGUCUUCGAUGGCAUCACGACAACAACACACCACAGCACUUGGGAGCCGGGGAAGGAGUACAAAGUGGCGCUCAUGCUGCAGGACAACGAGGGCUCUGUGUACGUGGACGGCGUGCUCGUGGGGAAUACUAACAAACUACCAACCCUUGAGGCACGGACGCAUGAUAUCUCUCAUUUUUACUUUGGUGGCGGCGAAAAAAGCAGUGUGACAGUAAAGAAUGUCUUUUUGUACAACCGCCCACUAAGUGAAGAUGAACUCAUGGCAGUUGACAGCUCUGAUUCAUCCGAGAAACGCGCAGGUGACGGCUCUGAUUCAUCCGAGAAACGCGCAGGUGACGGCUCCGAUGCAUCCGAGAAACGUGCAGGUGACGGCUCCGGUGCAUCUGAGAAACGUGCAGGUGACGGCUCCGGUGCAUCUGAGAAACGUGCAGGUGACGGCUCCGAUGCAUCCGAGCAACUUGCAGGUGACAGAUCCACGCGUGCGGAUGUGUCUCGGCUACUUCUGCUGCUAUUGGGGCUAUGGGGCGUUGCGGCCCUGUGCUGA